AUGGGCGUGCGCUUUCUGUCCGAGCAGCCUCGUUUGAGGCUGGGGUCUAUUGCCCCCAACUUCACCGCCCAAACAACCCAAGGCGAGAUGAACUUCCACGACCACAUCGGCAACAGCUGGGCGAUAUUGUUCUCGCACCCGGCGGACUUUACGCCCGUUUGCACGACUGAGCUCGGCGCCUUCGCGAAGCUCAAGGAUGAGUUUGAUGCGAGGGGCGUGAAGAUGAUUGGACUGAGCGCAAACGACCUAACCUCGCACGCGACCUGGGUCAACGACAUCAACGACAUCAGCCAAACGCAGGUGCAAUUCCCGAUCAUCGCCGACGCAGAGCGCAAGGUAGCCUACCUCUACGACAUGCUGAGCGCGGACGACGUCGCGCGGGUGCAGACCAACCCGAAGGAGAUCGCGUUCACGAUCCGCUCGGUGUUCAUCAUCGACCCGGCGAAGAAGAUCCGGCUGACGAUGCUGUAUCCUGCGUCGACGGGGCGCAACACGGCGGAGGUGUUGCGGGUGAUUGAUUCGUUGCAGAGUGCGGAUAAGAAUGGGGUUGCGACGCCUGUUGAUUGGGCGGUGGGGGAGGAUGUGAUUGUGCCGCCCUCUGUGAAGAAUGAGGAUGCGAAGAAGAAGUUUGGGGAUGUUAGGGUUGUGAGGGAUUAUUUGAGGUAUGUUAAGGUCUAG